UUCCUUUUCUCUUCUUUUCAAUUUUCUCCCUUUUGUUUGUUUCCCGGGAAAAUUUUGCUCAUAGAGUUUACAAUUUUUUAAAAAAAAUAUUCUUCUCAGAGAAUGAGUUCUCAAUGGAGAAAAUGGAAAUUUCGAGAUUCUUUUUAUUUUCUUUGAAAUAGUUAAUUUUUUGUUUAAUUUUUUCUUCAUUUUUUGAAUUCUGUUGAAGAAUUUCACUUUUUAAUUUAAUUUCCUCAUCUGGUAUUCUUGAAAAUCUUUAUAUUAUCAAUCAUAUUCUUGACUGCUUUUUCUUUUUGUGGUUCGCUUAAAAUUACUCGUCUAAUCAAAUGGCACAAGCAGAGAAGCUUCAACAAAUCACAGAAAACAGUGAUUUCCCUACAGGAAUGCUACAAAGAUUGAUAUCAGGACAUCACAUCGAUCACAGAGUAUGCCAAGAAACAGAAACAGAAAGAGAAAGAGAAGAUAUUGAGUUAAGUCUUGGACUUUCUUUGAAUGGUAGAUUUGGAGUGGACCCAAGAGCUAAGAAACUUACUAGAUCAUCUUCAAUUCCAGAUUUUCCAACAAGAGAAGGUGCUGCUUUUAUGGUACCUAUAGUGAAGAGUAGAAGCAGUAAUAGUAGUAGUGCAAAUCUUUUAAGGACUUGUUCUUUGCCUACUGAGACAGAUGAGGAGUGGAGAAAGAGGAAAGAGAUGCAGAUGCUUAGAAGAAUGGAAGCUAAAAGGAAAAGAUCAGAAAAACAAAGGAAUUUGAAGGCACUUAAAAAUAGGAAAGAAAAUGGUACUAUUAGUACUGAUAAUAGCUGUAAUUAUCAUCAAGACCAGGUCGUUAAGAACUGUAGUGGUUUACUUGGAGUUGGUGGAGAAGGGGUUUUACCACCAUCAUCACAAGGAUCAAUUGGAUCACAAGGGAGUGGGUCUUCUGGGUUAUCAGAAUCUGAGAGCCAGCCAGUUCAAGGAAUGAACAAAUGCAGCGAGGCAAGAAGCCCUGUCAGUGUCCAAUCUUUGUCAGAGUGUGAGCAGAAAUUGAGGGUCACCUCAAAAUCAACAAUCAACGGAAAAUCAGGUGUUGCUAUGGAGGAUAGCAGCAGAUGUGAUGAAGCUAGAGUCAGGAAUGGAGCUGAGGAGAUGGGGAGGAAUGUUCUAGAAGACAUGCCAUGUGUGUCUACGAAGGGAGAUGGACCGAAUGGAAAAAGAAUAGAAGGUUUUCUAUAUAGAUAUAGGAAAGGCGAGGAGGUGAGGAUAGUCUGUGUUUGCCAUGGAAGCUUUCUCUCUCCGGCAGAGUUUGUGAAGCAUGCUGGUGGAGGUGAUGUAGCACACCCUCUUAAACACAUAGUUGUCAACCCUUAUCCCCUUUUGUAAUCGAUAUUCCUGCGCUGAGCUUUUUUAAGACAGUGGGUAAAGAGAGACACUAAAAGGUUAAUGAUUUUUCUCUUUUACUCUUCUCUCUCAGUUUCAAGUUUUAUUCUCUGAUAUUUAUUGAUCAGGCGGUUCUAUUUUAGUCGAUACUAGGCUAGUAACCUGACCAAGCACCGGGCUAAACAUAUGAAUUUAAAUUGCAAUUUCAAGUCCUUUUUCUUGUAAUCAUAAUUCCAGUCAUAUUUCAUUAAUUAUUUACUUAUUUUUUUCACUA